AUGGAUCAAAUUGGGUAUGUCUGCGAGGGAAUGAACAGAAAGUUCUUUGAAGCAGCCAAAUCAGGGAACGAACAAGUGCUUAAUGAGACCGGGGGCCUAGAGGGCGUUGCGAAUGAGGUAACGCCAGGUGGAAACACAGUGCUCCAUAUUGCCGCCUAUCAUGGCUCUCUCCAAUUCGUUAGAAAGUUGCUUCAACUCUCAAAUGCGAAUCCAGAGGAUGGGAUGACAUUUUUAAAAGCUAAAAAUAUGGAGGGAAACACAGCGUUGCACGAAGCAGUCUUGGGAGGAAGUGAGCAAGUUGUGAAUGCUUUACUUAAAUUCUGCCCAGAUUUGGUGAAUGAGAUCAACCAAGCAGGCGAAACAGCUCUCUUUAAAGCUUGUGAGGGAGGUCAUGCCAAUAUUGUUGAAGUCUUGUGUCCUAUGACUUCUAGUGAGUACAACAAACGAUUUGAUGGCCAAACGCCUUUACAUCUUGCAGUCUCUAAAUUAAGUACAGAUGUAAUUAAGAAGCUUUUAGACAAUAAACCUGAACUUGCCACAGAAGUAGACAUUUUCAACCGAACUCCGUUGCACAUGGCUGCCUUAUAUCAAUUUCCAGUUACGAUGUUUCCAUGUUUUUUAAGGGAACGGAAGAAACUUCGCCUGAUUGGAAAGAUGCUUAUUAAAAAUGAUAAUGGACUUUCUUGUUACAAAGUGGACCAAAACAAGCAGUCUGCACUUCACGUUGCAGCCAAAGAGGGGAACGCAACUCUAGUGAAAGUGAUAUUGAAUUACAGCAGCGACUGUCUGGAAAUGGUAGACAAGGAUGGUAGAAAUGCCUUGCAUCUGGCUGUGAACAAUGCUGUUGAAAUAUUUGAGAGAGUUGGACAAGAUCUGAGAAGGAUAAUAUCCUCGGUAAUGUCAGAAAGACUGAUUAAUUGCAUUGAUAACAAUGGGCAAACGGCAUUAGAUAUUGCACUAAAGAAAGGGAGUGAAGACCCACAACUUUAUAGGGCUAUUAUAAUUUAUUUAUAUGAACAUGGUGCUAUUAAGAAAAUAUUCGAUACGCCCUCAACAGCCAUCCAAUUACGUAUCAACCCAAGUUGGAACCCAGAUGCCAUAUCUGUAAGUGCAGUCCUAAUUGCAACAGUUGCUUUUGCAGCUGCUUUUACUCUACCAGGAGGCAUUGACACACAAGAGCACAGCCCACCAGCACCUAUAUUGAUUGACACAAACGUCUUCAAGCUAUUUGUGAUAUUUGACACAGUGGCCUUCUGUUAUUCUAUUGGUUCUGCGAUCCUGCUUAAUUUUGCAUUUCUAGUUGGCCGAGAAGCGGAUCACAUCUUAACUAAUAUGAGCUUGAUUGCGUUAUAUAUAGCACUGGUAUCAUUAUCAAUAACAUUUGGCGCAGCAAUACAUCUGGUUGUGGCAUCAAAGUGUUUGUGGUUGGCUGUGCUGGUGUGGGUUAUGGUGUGCUUUCUUCCUUUAGGGAUAAGAGCAAUGUCGCUAUUUGGAAAAUCUUACUUGUUCACUCCACUUGAACAACAUAUCAAAUUAGUGCUGUCUGGUUUCGGUCUUGUACUCGCUUUGUUUGCUCCCUUGGUUGCGAUAGCCAUUGCGGUUUUCUAUGGAAUAUAUCACCCUUUGCGUAGGGUUUGGAAGAAGCUCCAUGGAAUCAAAUCUAAAGCUCACUAG